ACCGCCUCCUCGUCACUGCCUCUCUAUAACGACCCCCCUCCCUGCGUGUCUCGCAAUCUCUGCUCCAUUGGUUCCAAACCGGCGCGUCCUGGAGCGCACAACUUUUCAGACUGAAAGCCCGCAGGUUCCUUGGUAAAGAGAGACAAUUACAGCUCAGCAUGUAUUACAUUGGGGGGAAAUGCGAGGGGUGACGGGGCAGGAGGAAGACUCGGGGGAGAACGAAGCACGAGCGAAUUAACAAAAAAGAGGACGCUUCCAUCCCGGAGCGCUUUGCGCAGCUGAUCCGGUGGAGGCUCCGCGCCACGCCGCGCUCUGCCGCUUUCAUGGAUCUGUGGAUGAUCUGACAUUCUGAGCUCCACGCUGACCCACCUCCCUCACUAAACUUCAGCGGGAUCGUUGUACAGGAUGGGCACGGCUCUGCUGAAACAUACACUGCUGUGCUUGAUAGUGGCAGUGUCUCAGUGCGUGUCUGUUCAGGGUUGUGGGUCCCACUACGAGUUUGCCAUCGAGGAGUUCUGCCUGGCCAAGUUCAAGUUGGACAUGCAGAUGCUGGAUCAGAGGCAGUGGUGUAGCUGGGAGGACACAGUUGAACUCUACAGUGACCUUACCAACUGCACGUACAUUGUGGCGCAGGGAAUGAACUGCUACUGGCCCAACCGCAUGGUGGACGAGUUCUUCAUCCAAGUGCACAGAUACUACUUCCACAACUGCUCGUUGUCUGGGCGACUUCUCAAAGACCCUCCAAAUCGCAUCCUGGGCCCCUUCAUCGUCGUACCCAUCCUGGUAACCCUGCUCAUGACGGCCCUGGUGGUGUGGAGGAGCAAGCGCAGCGAGGGCAUUGUGUAGGGGAACCGUCCCAGCACUGGAGACACAAGCGCAGCUUUUUGUUCGAGGUUACAUCAUUUUAAUCGACCAAAGGAUCUUUUAUUCUGAGCGCUAGCAUCUGUGGAGUAAGUCUAGGGAGGAAUUAUUUACUAUUUAUGAACCUGGAGGAGCUGACUGACACUGAGUUCAUCUAAACCUGAUGAGUAAUGUAAAAGGAAAAAAGUUUGAAGUUGGGACAGAUUGUUUGCAAAAAAAAGGGUUUACUUUAUAAAGUUGUACAGCAUAAAGCCCAAAAGGAAGAAAAAAAACAAUAACUUUGAUUUAUACACAUGCUGAAAAUAUAUAUGUACAGUUUGAUUCCAUGUGCUUGUUUUUCUUCUGUUUUAAGUUAUUCAGUCCACUUUUAUGUAAUGAAGAUGGAUCAGGUCCCAGGUUGAAACCACAAAAAAACAAAAACAAAAUAACAGUUCAGCUACAAAGAAGUCAAAAAGCAGCAGGUUGACCAACCAGCGGAGAAUUGCCAUCGAUCAAAGCACAAGCAGUGUGUAAAACAACGUCAGUUUCUAACGAUGUAGGAUGCCUUUGCUGUGGUGGAGUGUCCCAUUUAUGUUAUUUUUUUUUGAAUACCCUCUUUUGCCUUUUUAGAUUGAUUGACCUGCAACCUGCCUGGCAGCAAACCACACUUGAAAUGCACCCACACGCUGUAUGUUGUGCCAAAAGGCCUCUGAAGAUGUUCGUUGUGAAAUGUUGGACUUUCAAGCGGAGCGACUGAAGAGUUGAAUAAAAUGUCUGGAUAAUGUGUUCAAGUAAAGCUUCAAAACUACAGGU